CCGCACGCAGGCAGGGCGAGCAGCGAGGCGCACUAGUUCAUUGUAGCUAACGGUACUGCGUACGCGCGUCUGUCCUCCCCGCUCCCCACAGUCAGAGCCGCUCCUGCAGCACACACAACACAGUCACCGCGGCCUGUGAGAGCCCGAGUUCCUCAGUAAAGGCAGACAUGAAGACCAAAUUCAUCAAUGGGGUCUCCUCGUCCCCCUCCAUGUCUCUGGGUUUACUAGUGACAGAAAACGCGCUCCAGGUGCAGCCGGACACGGAGCCCGCCUGUAAAGACAUACGGCCAGACGAGCCCGACCAGCAGACCAAGCAUAAGGCGUUCCUGUGGUGCAGAGAGUUCCUCCACGGAGCCUGGAAGACUGUUGAAGAAAAUGAUUUCCAGAUCACAGUCAUCAGGGGGGGUCUCAGUAACAAGCUGUUUCUCUGUGCACUCCCAGAAGAGCAGCAGAGUGUUGGGGAUGAGCCGAGGAACGUGCUACUGCGCCUUUACGGAGCCAUUCUGCAGAUGUCCUGUAAUAAAGGGGAAUCCAGACAGUCAAACAAAGACAAUCACUUUCAAGGAGCUGAAGCUAUGAUCCUGGAGAGUGUGAUGUUUGCCAUCCUGGCCGAGAGGCAGCUGGGCCCUAAGCUCUAUGGCAUCUUCCCUCAGGGGAGACUGGAGCAGUUUGUGCCAAGCCGGAAGCUUAAUACGGAUGAGCUGAAAAUUCCCAGCAUAUCUUCUGAGAUUGCUGAGAAAAUUGCCAAGUUUCACAGGAUGAGAAUGCCUUUCAACAAAGAGCCCAAAUGGCUGUUUGGCACCAUGGAAAAAUACAUGAGUCAGGUGCAGAGCCUGGCCUUCACCAGAGAGACACACCUGCACAAGUUCUCCCGGCUUAUGAGUUACAAUCUGCGUCAGGAGAUGGAGAGCCUCAGGUGUCUACUGGAAUCCACACAAUCUCCUGUUGUUUUCUGCCACAAUGACUUACAAGAAGGAAACAUCUUGCUUUUGAGUGGCCGGGAGAACAUGGACAAGCAGAAACUCAUGUUGAUUGACUUUGAGUACAGCAGCUACAACUACAGAGGAUUUGACAUCGGAAACUUCUUCUGUGAGUGGACCUAUGACUACACCUGCGACGUGUCUCCAUACUUCAAAACAACCACCAAGAAUUACCCCACCAAAGCUCAGCAGAUGCAUUUCUUCAAAAGCUACUUGUUGGAGUAUGACCCAGGAAUAGCGAACCUGGGUGAGGAAGAUCAGCUGAAACUCAGAGAGGACAUGUUGGUGGAAGUUAACAGGUUUGCCCUUGCCUCCCACUUCUUCUGGGGUCUGUGGUCCAUAAUCCAGGCGCGAAUAUCCACCAUCGAGUUUGGCUAUCUGGACUAUGCCAUGGCCAGGUUUGACUCGUACUUUGAGCUGAAGAAGGAGCUGGGCAUUUGAAUUAAUGCUCUAGGGACACAGAACAGAGGGACAGCUGCUGCUCUUAAGUCUUAAGCUGAAAGGAGCAAAGUGGAGACCAAUGACCUGGCUUUCACUAGAAAGAGGGGUGCUUUGCUACUGUAAUGGCUACAAGGUGCUGCAUGGACCAAAACCAGUGCCACUUACCUUCACUCUGCAUCAGGCCCGAUGUAUUGAAUAGUGUGCCAUGCCUUGCUUCUCAGUGUUAACCAUUUUGAGCUCCAAUUUUUUUCAUUCACACCUGCCUGGUUGUAAAAGCUUUAGGGCAGACAAAAGAUAGAUUAUAAUAAUGUCAGCAAAACAACAUGAAAAAAUAUAAAGCCAGUAUAAAUACUUGGCUGCGCAGAUAGACAAACAUAUCAUAUUAUACUGCACUAACUCUAACUAGAAGCUAAGCUGCACCAGUCUGUGGUGGAAAAGUACUCGACCCUGAAGUGCCACGUGUGGCAUUUUUAUUGCAGUAGGCAAUACUCCGUUCUGUUAUAUUUACAGCCAAUGGUAGGAAAUGUGAAUGAAUGAGGUUCAGAUACAUGGACCUCAAGCUAAAAAGCGGUACAACAGAUCAAACUCUGUUGGCACUGUAGAUUUAACGAUUUCUAGUGUUGUGGGAUAUUUUUACACUCAUCCAACUUUUUAUGUGAAGUUUUACAAUCCUUAAUAUUGUGGCUUUACCUCUUCUUUUUCUCUACUUGAACAACCAUUAGCUGUUUAUUUUCUUUCUGUGGCAGUAGGUCAAUAGAGCAAUAGAGUGAAAAACAGAUAUCCUGUGGGACUGGGCCAUCUGCGUCUGAGUGUGAUUUGUUAUUACAUGAGAAAAACACUGAGUCGUAACAGCUAGUUCUAUUAGCUUUACUGGCUCAUCCAAAUUGUGCAUACAGUGGUAACUGUCAAAUUAAAUGUCGUGUCACUUAAUGACAAUCUUUCCCUUUUGAAAUCAUUUUUUUAUAUACCAGCUUGUAUAUUUUUACUUUUUAGACUGCAAGAUCAUUUUGUAGAAUGUUUCAGUGUGUAUUACCUUGUAAUAACAGUUAAAACUGGACACUACUUCUCUGUGAUUAUUUUUUUUUAAACCUGGUAUGUAUGUACUAAACUGUGAUAAAUAUUUCACUUUUUUUUUUACAAUCUAAGCUAUACUAUAUUUUUGAGUAUCUUGUUAUAAUAUUUACUUGCAAGUGCUGAGACAGUGUAUUAAUUCUGCUAACAUUACUGUGAAGGUCACUCUUUGUACCGGUCCCUAAAGAAAGUACUGGUCGGUCUAUAAAGAACUUUCUCUUUCCUUGAAUGGAAGAUGUGUUUUUUCUUAAUAAGAAAGUUGCGCUCUUUGAAAGAAUUGAAAUCAAUUUUCUUUAUAAUCACCAGUGUAAUAUCUAAGUAUUAAUUCCACAUAUUUAAAUCUCUUUAAACAGUAAUAUUAAUUCUGUCAGUGUUUUGGUAUCUACAACCAGCUAGAGUUGGGUGAAUGUAAUGAAGCAUAAUGUAUAAGUCAUAUCCUAUAAUGUCAGACAUGAACCUGUCCCAACUCCCCAGGCCGUGAAAGGAUAUGUGUGUACAGUUCUAUGGGGUGAUUUCAAAUCAUUCUACAGAUUGCUCUCUGUGUAUUGUAAUGUAGUUAUGCUAUACUUCUUUAAAAAGGGAGAAGCUUUUUCAUUCCUUUGCAAACUUCAUCAGUGUUCUGUAAUUAUGCAGACUGUGCUUAUAAACGGUAAAUAAAAUUAUGCAAAAAUGAUAAAAUGAUAAAA